AUGGUAGAUACUGUUGCGUCAUCAACAACUCCACAUGUAUAUCUAUCCGCAAAAGAGGAUUUAUCUAGGAGUUCGCGUUCAAUGGAUUCAUUCGAUAUCUGUUUUCAAGAACAAAUAUCUUAUUUUGAAAAAGCUACAACGCCAGGAUCACAGAAAAUAUCUACAGCCCGGCCAAAGAGUGCAAGAAUAAGACAACAGCCCAAACCCGAUUUACUCAUAACCAGUCUCCCCUCCACGCCAAUCUCUCAUCAUAGAUUAUUUCACAGUCGAAAGAAACUGAAUACAGAAGCAAAUAAUUCAAAUGCGAGCAUGGUGAUAUCACAAAAAAAUACAAGGCCUUGUUCUGCUCCAAAUAGACCUGCCACAUCUGACGACAAAUCAAUAGCCUCCAACCCUAUGGUAAACGUUUACGAUCAACCCCAAUCUCAAUCAAACACUGCACGCCCAGUGACUGCAAGACUACAUUCAAAAAAUUGCACAUCACAAGCACUUGCAUCCUUGAUAUCCAACACGUCUCGUUCGGCUUAUACCUAUCCUACAUCACAUUCACGACCAGACCACUGUGACGCGUCUGAUAUCGAUUCCUCUCCAACUCGAUCUGUUGCAUCAGUGGGACUGUUGGGUAAAAGUCUGCCCCCACCCAACCCUACAACAGCACAUAAGCGGUACACUUCUGUUUACCCGUGCUCUUCAAAAAUCUUGGCACAAAAAUGGGAUGAAGCGGCUCGCAAAAAACAUGCAGACAAAAUCAAAUCAAUGAAAUCGUGCGUAGACAAUGCUCCAUCAAAGCGAAUGGCCCACUUGGAUGUUCCAUCUAAAAAGCUGCUGAAUAAGCAAGAAACUCUAAAAAAAAUUGAAAAAGAAAAUCUGAUGUUGCUGGAGCGUAUGCGGAGAAUGUUCAGCACUCCAUCAUCGUAUACUCUAAUCAGUCCAAGACUAAAGCAAGAACGCGCACACAAGACAAAGGUUGGCCAACAAAAGCGUAUUGAUAUUCACGAUCAAAUUAGCAAAGAGAACUCGGUGUUGUUGCAAAGAGUUGAAAAUAAGCAAGGUUUCUAUCAAGUCAAAGACUAUGUAAGAGAUCGCAAGCAACAUUUACAGUAUCUGGUCAAUAUGACAAGGUUUCCUGAAGCUUACCAAGGUGCAUUACGUCGAGAGCAUCUAUCCGUCAGCAAGCCAUCCACAGCAAAUCAUACAAAAAACAACUGUAAUCAUCAUUUUAAGCACAACAAUGCUAGCCAUUCGUCAAAAUCUGCUAAACCUCAUCAGGUAAAACAGGAAAAUCUCUCCACUUCUACUCUAGAUAAUACUACAGGGUCAUAUCACAAAAAUAUUGCAAACCCGAAAUUUCAAAAGCCAGAAAGCACAACUUUGAGCCAGCAUGUGUCAUCAAUAGAACAGCUUCAAAAUCAUUGUCAUUUGAAAUCAGCUCAAUCUCAAGGCGAUUUGAAGUCGAAUUCAGUUCAAACCAAUGGGCCCGUGUCUAAAAGUUCUCCAGAGUUGGGUAUUUUAAAGCAGGACGAUGCUGCAUUUUGGUAUGAUUUUGAGGAUUUUGAGGAUGAUAGGCUUGCAGGAACUGCACCACUUGAAUACCAGUCUGCGCCGAUUGUCGGAAUUCCAUUUAUGCUGCAUGAAACCAAGCCAGCACACGGAUCAGAAUUAUCUGUCUCGGUUUCUGGAGAAUCAGCAAAAGAGUCUCCAGUUUUAUCAGUUCAAGAGUUACAAUUGGAUGAGUCAGCCAAGGAUCAUUCUUCGCUAGCUGCUAGUUUUAAUAGUCUUGAAUCUUUCAACUAA